AUGACAGAGACAUCAACGUUCUUUGUAGGAAUCCUGGUCGGUGUCGUCCUCGGCGUCAUCUCUAUCCUUGGAUUCACCAGAUAUUUUGCCCUCAACGAAAGUGACAAGGAACAUAAACGCUCUCCAAUGGAAUUCAAACCGGCGAAGAAAUUGAAUUCAAUGACUAAGGCGGAGUCAGUAGUGACCAAAGAAGCGGAGUUCCCUCCUGACUGGUUCUCUUCAACGGACAAUUACAAUCUCGAAACACGAGCCAUUUUUUCCAAGUGCUGGAUUCUCCUUACUCAUACAAGCCUCUUCUCGAAACCGGGCGACUACCACACAUUCACGAUAUGCGGCUACUCGAUUUUCCUGAUUCUGGGCAAAGAUUUUAAAAUCCGCGCAUUUCAUAAUGUCUGUCGUCAUCGAGCCUACACGGUUACACGGAAGGAAUCGGGUAGUAGUACUGUGCUAGGGUGCAAGUAUCAUGGAUGGAGUUACGAUGUGAUGGGCCGUUUGGUGAAAGCGCCUAUGUUUGAUGGUGUUCCGGGAUUUAGGAAGGAUGAUAAUGGGUUACUUGAGGUUCCGUUGAGGGUAAGCGAGGAAUCCGGUACGGUUUGGGUUAAUUUGGAUGCGGCGAGGGUGAACGAUGGGGACAUCGGAGGAGAUAAGAAGGAAAAAGAGGCGGUGGAUUUAUUCUUGGGUUUGGGAGGAAAUAAAUGUCGAUGGGUGGAUGGGAGGACGGUUGAAGGAGGAUUUAACUGGAAGAGCGCCAUAGUUGAUUCGAAUACCUUCAAUAUUGGAAUCCCCCAACGACCGAGGCCAUCCCUAUUACCCUCCUGGUUGGGAAAAAACCAUAGCCACACAUCAGCUUUACACUUAUUCCCUUGUUCAACGGUAUAUAGGAUUCCGAAUACAAAUCUCUGGUACUCGAUUAUCUUGACCCCGUCAUCUUCAACAAAGACGCAAAUCCGCUGGGACCUCAUUUCCAGCUCGACCAAAUCCACAAUAGAGGCUGAAAAAGCAAUCGCGUCGCAGAUUGAAGGGAUGGUCAGCUCUCAAGCCAAAGCUCUUGAGCAAUCUUUGCAGCUCGUGGAUGAUAAAAAUAAAGAUAUUCAAUCUGCAAUCCUCGUCCAACUGAAAUCACAUUUGAGAGUCGAAAGAGCACUGGGAAAAGAAGUUACACCUGCAAUGAACAAGGCAAAGACUAGUGAAAAGUUUUUACAAGCUGAAAGUCUGUGUAAAGAACUGGAUUGCCUGAGCGGUAAAACGACAAGGACGAAUGCCCAACGACACGAUAUUCUGGCUUGGUAA